UUUCAACCGACAUAAAUCGCAUUUAUUUGUGUUAUGGACUUUGUCACAUUCGAGAAACGAUACUUGAGAGCCACUAAAAGGUUCAGCCACUGGGCAGGGAUAUGGCCUGAUCAAAAUAAAUGUGGAAAGUGCAUAGCGUGGAUCCUUAUUUACCUCGAAAUGGUGUCGAUCACGGUAGUUCAAAUAGCGAGAAUCGUGCACUUUAAGAAUAUGGACGUUUUCUUAGACAAUCUCACGCUACUAUCAGCGGAUAUUACAUUAUUCAUUAAACAUGGAAAUUAUAUUCUCAAUGCAACAGAGUUCAAGUGGCUCUUAAAGGGCAUGUAUCAGGACUGGACUGUUAAUCGAUCAGACCACGAAAUCGCCAUUAUGACGAAAUAUGUGAAAAGGGGUGCUUUGCUUACGAUGUUUUAUUUAGCGAACGCAGUCGUCUGUACUAUCCUGUUCCUGCAAGUACCAUGGACAGUGCGUCUCAUAGCAAAGCUGAAAUCUUAUAACACGACGCCGAUGAUAUAUAUUGUACCGAGCUACUAUUUCGUCGACGAAGCCGACAUUUUUUACUUUGCUCAAGUGCAUGGCAGCCUGGCUAUAAUAACUGUGCUCAUCGUGUACGGAGCUUGCGACACGAUUUUCACGAUCAUCGUACAACACGCUUGCGGAUUAUUGGCUGUAGCUGGAUAUCGGUUCAAACACAUCGAGCCCGGUUCAAUCAACGCUACUACAAAUUCGGAGGAACAGAUAACACGUACUGAAAAAGUACACUUUUCCAUACAAGCACACCAGCGAGCUAUAAAGUAUGUCGAGGAAAUAGAAAAUGUACAUGCUACCUAUCUUUUCUUAUGCAUGGGCCUAGUGGUUUGCUGCUUUACUGUUACAUUAGUACAGGUGGUUAGUAUGGAGGUUAGCGUGGAGUUUUACAAAGAAUGCAGCUUUUUGUUCGUGCAGUUAAUGCAUCUAUUUUACCUAACGAUUCAAGGCCAGUUCGUGGAAAAUGUUUGUGAGAAUCUUCACAUUAACAUCUACGAAGGAUUAUGGUACAACGCAAACGCGAAAACACAAUUACUGUAUGUUUUAGCGUUACGGAGAAUGUUAAAACCAAUUCGUUUGACAGCCGGUGGAUUGCUAAAUAUGAAUAUGCAAAGCUUUUCAGAAGUGAUAAAGGCAUCUGUUUCAUAUUAUACAGUACUGAGAUAAAUGUGUAAAAUAAAAUGAUCGAAAUUCUGAUGCUCCAUAAGUCAGAAUGAUGAUACAUUUACAUUAUCGUUGAAGGACAGGCCAAUGAAACGCUUUUCAUAGUGUUUAAAUUAACAACAAAUUAAUGUUCGUAAACAAUUACAAAGGUAAUUCUUCUAGCCUACAGAAAUUUUUAAAUGGUAGCAAACAUGUGCGUAAUUAUUGUUAUCGUGCUUUACACACAUUAUUCGGUAUUUAUGAAUUUCGUUGUAAUUACAUACCUAGAGCAAUACGGAUUGUGAGAAUAUAUUGUCUUAAAUAUGUUAUCAGCACUUUUUCAUCAAUAAAUAUAUAAACGAAUGGUGAAC